AUUUAAAAAGAAACAUCUGGAUUUAUACAGCAGAAGGUCCAUUAUACAGUUGUUAAAAUGAAGUUGAUGAGAUAUUGAUGAGGUGAUCUGUCUCCCUGUUUUGUUCAGUGUCCAGAAGCCCAGAGCAGAGUCCCCUACAACCAGCCUGCUAUCAAUGAAGAGUGAUCAGCCACCUGCUUUCAGCCAGGAACCAUUUCCAGAUGACAAUAAGGAAGUGGAGAGUUUGGACAGUGAGGAUCCAUUAAAGAUCCCACACAACCUUCUGGACAGAAGAAGUCAAACUCUGCUGACAGUUCAACAAGACAUUAAGGCUAAACUGAAACACAAGUAUCAACACAUAUCUGAAGGAAUUGGACACUAUGGAAACCAAAGUCUGUUAAAGGACAUCUACACAGAGCUCUACAUCACAGAGGGUGGAAGUGGAGGGCUCAAUAAUAAACAUGAGGUUAGACAGAUAGAGAUGGCAUCCAAGAAACAAACCACACAAAAGACACCAAUCAAAUGCAACGACAUCUUCAAGCCUUUACCUGGACAAGACAAACCUAUCAGAACUGUGCUGACAAAAGGAAUCGCUGGCAUUGGAAAAACAGUCUCUGUGCAGAAGGUCAUCCUUGACUGGGCAGAGGGAAAAGCAAAUCAGGACGUUCAUUUCAUGUUUCCUCUUCCUUUCCGUGAUCUGAACCUGAAAAAGGACCAAUACAGUCUGAUGCAACUUCUUUCCCACUACUUCCCAGAGCUGAAAGAGAUUGACAGCAUUGAAGAUGGUGAAACCAAAACUGUUUUCAUUUUUGAUGGUCUGGAUGAGUGUCGACUUCCUCUAGACUUCAAAAACAAUGAGAAGUGCUGUGAUGUCACGAAGCCAACCUCAGUGGACGUGCUGCUGACAAACCUCCUCGAGGGGAAUCUGCUUCCCUCUGCUCUCCUCUGGAUAACCUCAAGGCCUGCAGCAACCAAUCAGAUCCCUCCUGAGUGUGUUGACCAGGUGACAGAGGUACGAGGGUUCAAUGAUCCACAGAAGGAGGAGUAUUUCAGGAAGAAAAUCCCAGAUCAGAAUCUGGCCAAUGAUAUCAUCAAACACAUGAAGACAUCAAGGAGCCUCCACAUCAUGUGCCACAUGCCAGUCUUCUGUUGGAUAUCAGCCACUGUCCUUGAGAUGAUACUGAAAGAGGCAGAGAAGGAUGAAGUCCCCAAAACUCUGACCCAGAUGUACUCACACUUCAUGCUCAUCCAAACCAUUGUGAAGAACAAGAAGUACAACAAAGCAACAGAGACAAACCCAAAGGACCUGUCUCAGUCAGACAAAGAGAUGAUCCUGAAACUGGCAAAGCUGGCUUUCCAACAGCUGCAGAAGGGCAACCUGAUCUUCUAUGAGGAAGACCUGAGAGAGUGUGGCCUUGAUGUCACAGAGGCAUCAGUGUACUCAGCAUUGUGUACAGAGAUCUUUAAAGAAGAAUCUGGGUUGUACCAAGAGAAGGUCUACAGCUUUGUGCAUCUGAGCAUUCAGGAGUUUCUAGCAGCAGUGCAUGCUUUAGAAUCAUGUCUGGACAAGAAGGAAAAUGUUUUCUCCCCAAUAAUGAUGAUGGAUUACGAUGAUGAGUCAAUCCAGUUGUCUGACUUACUCAGGAGCGCAGUGUACCAGGCCUUGAAGAGUGAGAAUGGACACCUGGACCUGUUCCUCCGCUUCCUUCUGGGUCUCUCACUGGAGUCCAAUCAGAAUCUGUUACGAUGCCUUCUGACACAGACAGGAUGUACGACAGAGACCAAUGAGAAAACAGUUAAGAGAACAGUCGGGUACCUUUCAUACAAGAUCAAAAGAGAAUCCUCACCAGAAAGGAUCAUCAACUUGUUUCACUGUCUGAAUGAACUUUGUGCCAACUCUCUAGUUGAAGACAUGCAGACCUCCCUGCGAUCAGGAACUCUUUCAGAAACAAGACUAGAACCUGACCAAUGUUCAGCCCUGGCCUACCUGUUACUGAUGUCAGAGGAGGUGCUGGAGGAGUUUGACCUGAAGACAUACAACACAUCAGAGGAAGGUUAUCAGAGGUUGCUGCCGGUAGUUAAAACCUGCAAGAGAGCACUACUGGAUCGCUGUAAACUCACAUAUGAAUCCUGUAAGACUCUGGUCUCAGCUCUGCAGACACCAAACUCCCUGAGAGAACUGGACCUCAGCAACAAUGACCUGGGAGACAGAGGAGUGGAGCUGCUCUGUGUUGGACUAACCAGUCCACUCUGCAACGUACAGACACUAGUUCUAGGUCAGUGUGGUCUGACAGAGGGUUGCUGUUCACAUCUGGCCUCAGUCCUGAGUUCACCCAACUCACACCUGAAACAACUGGACUUGAGAGACAAUGACCUGCAGGACUCAGGAGUUACACUGCUAUCUGCUGGACUGGAGGAUCCAGACUGUAAACUACACACACUGGGGCUGUCUGGCUGUCUGGUCACAGAGGAGGGCUGUGCUGCUCUGUCUUCAGCUCUGAGGUCAUACCCCUCCCACCUGAAAGAGCUGGACCUGAGCUACAAUCACCCAGGAGACUCUGCAGGGGGACUGCUUUCAGCUGCUCUGGUGGAUCCCACAUAUAAACUGAUGAAGCUGAAUGUGGAUCAUGGUGGAGAGUGCAGGCUGAAAUCAGGGCUGAGGAAAUAUGCCUGUCAUCUCACCCUGGACCCAAAUACAGCAAACCCAAACCUGAUACUGUCUGAGGGGAACAGGAAGGUGACACGGGUGAAAGAGAAGCAGCAUUACGAAGACCAUCCAGACAGAUUUGACUAUCAUUCCCAAGUUCUCUGCAGAGAAGGCUUAUCUGGAGGUCGUUGUUACUGGGAGGUGGAGAGGGAUAGUGGCAUGGCUAUCAUUGGUGUGGUGUACAAAGGAAUGAAGAGGAAGGGAAAGGAGGAUGACAGUAGGAUUGGAGCCAAUAAGAAGUCCUUGAGUUUAUUCUGCUAUGAUAGAGGUUAUGAAUUGAUAGUCUUAUUCCAUGCUAGAGUCGGUAGAUCCAUCUCUGGUCCUGUUUCUAACAGAGUUGGUGUGUAUCUGGACUGGCCAGCUGGUAUUUUGUCCUUCUAUAGUGUGUCCUCCUCUGGUACACUGACACACCUUUACACAUUCUACACCACAUUCACCGAACCCCUCUAUCCUGGGUUUGGGAUUUCCUUCUCCUCAGUGACCCUGUGUCAGAUAGAUGACCAACACAUUCAGAGAGACCAUGGUGGAGAGAGUUGGAUCAAGCCUGGACCUGAGAACACCAGAGACCAUGGUGGAGAGAGUUGUAUCAAGCCUGGACCUGAGAAAUGGAUUCCUCAGAGCUGUAAGACUUGUGGCCAUGUUGAGGACUCCACACACUGGCUUCAGAUUGAACCUUUGACUUCCACUGUCCAGGGAGUGAAAAUGUUCAGACACAGGACACCCAAAGGGAGUUAUGAGUGCACAGUGUCUGGGCUCCGCUGGCUGUGUGAGAGAGAUGUCAUUCUGAAGUAUCACUUCAGGAACUGGGAACCCUACAGUCACCUUCUGAAAGACAUGCAGUACACACAAGGUGGUCCAUUGCUGGACAUCACUAUGGAGUUAGGUGAACUGGAGGAAGUUCAUCUGCCACACUGUGUAUGUUUAGGGACCAACCCAUCCCUGAGGAAUGAGAUGAAGAUUCUUCAUGUAGAGGAACAUGGAGUGUCUUUAGAGGAAGUGCAUGAGGUCACCAGAUUCCAUGCUAAGAUUCUCCAUCCCAAGUUCUCAGCUAUCUCUGUUAUACUGAGAUAUAUAUUUUCUUGGAACUUAGAUGUCCACUGUGAGCUGAUGCUCUAUCUGACAGUGAAAAGGGAAACACUAAUUCCACGCCUAUACCUGUUCCCCAGUAACCCCGGCCAAAUGCGGGCUGUGGAACAACAGGAAUCAAAGUUUCAAGGGUCUAAAAGGAUUCCCAUCACAAGACCAGAGCAGUCCUUAGAACUGAAUAGUUCCUUCAGACUGAACAUUCCCUGUUCUACCUCCAUCAAUCCACCGAGGAUUCAUCUCAUACAUAGAGACACCACACCAAGCUUUUUCAGGGCGGUUGUGAAAAUGACAGGGAUUGACAUUGAGAUGGAGUUAUUCAGUGAUGAUGAGAGGACAGUAUGGAAAGAAACUGUAUCACGAGAUGAAUACGUCUCUGACACCCAUUCAACAACAUUAACACUCCCUGGGAUUCCUGCUGAGGAGUUUCUGAAGAAACACAGGGCUGAACUCAUUCAGGGAGUCAAAAACCCAAUGCCAAUAGCAGAUGAUCUGUCGUCAAAGAGCAUGAUUGGUGAUGAAGAGUACUCCAGAAUAAAAGCUGAAACAACUGAACAGGACCGAAUGAGAGAACUACUGAAUGCAGUCCUCCCUAAAGGACCAGAAGUGACGGGAGCUUGUCUCAAAGCUCUCAUUGAACAUGAACACCAUCUUGUUAAGUACUUGAGUGAAUCUAGCACCUAAUCUGAAGAUGUUGAGGCCUGUCUCCUAGUCUGUGGACAAAGACACUACUUCACCUAAUCUGAAGAUGCUGAGGCUUGUCUCCUAGUCUGUGGACAAAGACACUACUUCACCUAAUCUGAAGAUGCUGAGGCCUGUCUCCUAGUCUGUGGACAAAGGCACUUCUUCACCUAAUCUGAAGAUGCUGAGGCCUGUCUCCUAGUCUGUGGACAAAGACACUUCUUCACCUAAUCUGAAGACGCUGAGACCUGUCUCCUGGUCUGUGGACAAAGGCACUUCUUCACCUAAUCUGAAGAUGCUGAGGCCUGUCUCCUAGUCUGUGGACAAAGACACUUCUUCACCUAAUCUGAAGACGCUGAGGCCUGUCUCCUGGUCUGUGGACAAAGACACUUAAAUGAUUGUAAGGAAAAUGUUUAUGUUUGUGCUAUUCUUUUAACAAAUGUCUGUGUUUUAUUAAUGUGCUGUUCUAUAAACUAAUUUGUGUGUUCAUCAAGUGGCUGACUGUACAAAUCCUCACUAUCAGUAGCUGUAAUUUGGCAGUAAGCCCAGACGUUGUUUUGAGAACGAGAUAUCUCAGUUUCAAGGUCUCAGCUUAGAGAGAAGAAGACUGGUGAGGUGUUGGUCUGUUAAAUGUUAUGAACCAGUACUGGUCGGUCACAUGAAUGGAACAAAACGGUAAUGAUUCAUUAAAUAUGCUAAAUCAUGCAAAUAUAACUUGUCUGUGAAUAGCCGUUUAUAAGACAACUGCUGGGUCUGUCCAGGGAGAGAACCUGAUUGACAUGUGUUCUAUGGUACAUUGAGUUGGGUCUGACCAGGGAGAGAUCCUGAUUGACAUGUGUACUAUGGUACAUUGAGUUGGUUCUGACCAGGGAGAGAUCCUGAUUGACAUGUGAACUAUGGUACAUUGAGUUGGGUCUGACCAUGGAGAGAUCCUGAUUGACAUGUGUACUAUGGUACAUUGAGUUGGGUCUGACCAGGGAGAGCUCCUGAUUGGUUGGAACCUCUCCAGCUCGCUGACAAUAAACAAUGAUUCUUUUCA